AUGGCGCUGUCGCUCUCUCGGGAUACUCGCUCACCUCGGCAGAAGUAGAGACACAGUACACGGCGAAUCAUGUAGCAGCGGCUUUGAUAAACUGAGCUGUAGUAAUUUGGAACUUGUGGAAACUGCCAAAAUGAAUCGGCCUAAGCCAACAAGCAUAAGGCGACCUAGUAACACCAAACCGUCAGGUCACCCGCCUCCAGGAGAUUUCAUCGCUCUUGGAGCAAAGAGUCAGAGCAGUGAGCCGAAAGCAAACCCAGCUCUUUUGAAGCCAGCGUCCACCGGUUUGCCCCCAGACCGCAAGAGAGAGGCGACUUCUUCUCUUCCCUCCUCCUCCAGCCUGUCCAGUCUUUCCAAAAGGCCCAAGCACUCUUCUACUCCACCCAGUGCCCUCUCACGCCUCGCUGAGGUGGCUGCUGUUGACAAAAGAUCAAUAUCCCCCUCCAUCAAAGAGCCAUCUGUCAUUCCUAUUGAAGUGUCACCUGCUGUGCUUCUGGAUGAGAUUGAGGCAGCGGAAGCAGAGGGUAAUGAUGACCGCAUCGAGGGUGUGCUCUGCGGGGCUGUCAAACAACUCAAGAUGAACCGAGCCAAGCCUGACAUGACGCUCUACCUCAGCCUCAUGUUUCUAGCCAAAAUCAAGCCCAACGUCUUUGCCACAGAGGGUGUGAUAGAGGCUCUCUGCAGUUUGCUCCGCCGCGAUGCCUCAAUCAACUUUAAGGCCAAGGGGAACAACCUGGUUUCUGUGCUGGCUUGUAACCUACUGAUGGCCGCCUAUGAGGAGGAUGAAAACUGGCCUGAGAUAUUUGUCAAAGUCUACAUUGAGGACUCUCUCGGUGAGCGUAUCUGGGUGGACAGCUCGCACUGUAAAACCUUCGUUGAUAACAUCCAGACUGCCUUCACGACUAAGAUGCCACCCAAGAGUAUGCUGCUCCAGACGGAAACGGGACGAUCAGGGGGAGACCUCAGUGCAGGGAACAGCCCUCACCCUUCCACCCCAGAUGAAGAUGAAGGUCAGACUGAGCUUUUAAUAGCUGAGGAGAAAUUGAGUCCAGAGGAUGAUGGACAGGUCAUGCCCAGGUAUGAUGAGCUGGCUGAAAGUGUGGAGGAGUAUGUCUUGGACGUUUUGAGGGACCAGCUGAACCGCCGCCAGCCCAUGGAUAACGUGUCCAGGAACCUUCUGCGCCUUCUCACGGCCACCUGUGGUUAUAAAGAGGUCCGUCUGAUGGCUGUGCAGAGACUCGAGAUGUGGUUACAGAAUCCUAAGCUGACUCGGCCAGCACAGGAUCUUCUGAUGUCUUUGUGCAUGAACUGUAACACACACGGUUCAGAUGACAUGGAGGUCAUCUCAAACCUAAUCAAGAUCCGCCUCAAACCUAAAGUUCUCCUCAACCACUACAUGCUGUGUGUCAGGGAGCUUUUAAAUGCUCAUCGAGAUAAUUUGGGCACUAUGGUGAAGUUUGUGAUCUUUAACGAGCUGUCAAAUGCCAGAAAUCCCAAUAAUAUGCAAGUGCUCCAUACAGUUCUUCAACAUAGCCCAGAGCAGGCACCCAAGUUUCUGGCAAUGGUUUUCCAGGACUUGCUGACCAAUAAGGACGACUACCUGCGGGCCUCACGUGCCUUGCUCAGGGAAAUCAUUAAACAGACCAAACAUGAGAUCAACUUCCAGUCUUUCUGUUUAGGCCUCAUGCAGGAGAGGAAAGAGGCCAGUUAUGUGGACAUGGAGUUUAAAGAGCGUUUUGUUAUCCAAGUGACAGAUCUCUUGACAGUGUCCAUGAUGCUGGGGAUCACGGCUCAGGUCAAAGAGGCUGGCAUUGCCUGGGACAAAGGAGAGAAGAAGAACCUGGAGGUGCUGAGGUCCUUUCAAAACCAGAUUGCUGCUAUCCAGAGAGAUGCUGUGUGGUGGCUGCACUCUGUGGUCCCCACCAUCAGUAAAGUGGGACCUAAAGACUAUGUGCACUGUCUACACAAAGUACUUUUUACAGAGCAGCCUGAGACGUAUUACAAAUGGGACAACUGGCCACCUGAGAGUGACAGAAAUUUCUUUCUUCGGCUGUGCUCAGAGGUUCCUCUGCUGGAGGACACACUGAUGCGCAUCUUGGUGAUUGGUCUGUCUCGUGAUCUGCCCCUGGGCCCAGCUGACGCCAUGGAGCUGGCCGAUCACCUGGUGAAGAGAGCUGCUGGAGUUCAGUCUGAUGACUUGGAAGUGUUGCGAGUCGAGAGGAUGCAACUCAUUGAUGCUGUGCUAAACCUGUGCACUUACCAUCACCCAGAGAACAUCCAGCUGCCUGCAGGCUAUCAACCUCCAAAUCUGGCCAUAUCGACUCUUUACUGGAAGGCCUGGCUGCUGCUGCUUGUGGUUGCAGCAUUCAACCCACAGAAAAUUGGUUUGGCAGCAUGGGACGGUUACCCCACUCUGAAAAUGCUCAUGGAGAUGGUUAUGACAAAUAACUACUCCUACCCGCCGUGCACGGUGGCCGAUGAGGAGACCAAGACUGAGAUGAUCAACCGAGAGCUGCAGAUCUCUCAGAAGGAGAGGCAGGAGAUCCUGGCCUUUGAGAGCCACCUGGCAGCCGCUUCUACCAAACAGACAAUAACAGAGAACAACAGCCUCCUGCUGUCUCAGCUCACCAGCCUGGACCCAAAGGGCCCCCCUCGUAGGCCGCCGCCUCAUGUCCUGGAUCAAGUAAAGAGUCUGAACCAGUCUCUGCGCCUGGGCCAUCUUCUCUGCCGCAGCCGCAACCCUGACUUCCUACUCAAUAUUAUCCAGAGACAAGCGUCCUCUCAGUCCAUGCCAUGGCUGGCUGAUCUUGUUCAGUCCAGUGAGGGGUCCUUGGAUGUGCUGCCUGUUCAGUGCCUGUGUGAAUUCCUCCUUCACGACGCAGCUGAUGACUCCUCUUCUGUUGAUGAUGAGGAGGAAGGAGAGAGCAAAGAGCAGCGAGCAAAGAAAAGACAGAGGCAGCAGAAACAGAGGCAGCUUCUUGGACGGCUCCAGGACCUGCUUCUGGGUCCUAAGGCUGAUGAACAGACCACAUGUGAAGUCUUGGACUACUUCCUGCGGCGUCUCAGUUCUUCUCAGGUGGCCUCUAGAGUUCUGGCCAUGAAGGGUUUGUCUCUGGUGCUGACUGAGGGAGCAUUAAAAGAUGGAGAGGAGAGGGAUCAGCUCAUGGAGGAGGACUCCAGAGAUGCCGAGUUACUGCCAGGCUACCAGUGGCUUCUUCAGGACCUCCCCAAACUGCCUCUGUUUGAUAGUGUAAGAGGCUUGACCUCCAGCGCCUUGCAGCAGGCCAUUCACGUGGAGACUGAUCCUCAGACCAUCAGCGCUUACCUGAUUUACCUGUCCCAGCAUGCACCGGUGGAGGAGCAGUCGCUCCACAAUGACCUGGCCUUGGAUGUUGCUCGUCUGAUAGUGGAACGCUCCACUAUAAUGAACUGCCUCUUUUCCAAGCACUCCUGCAGGCCUGAGUCUGAUGCCGUUCUCUCCGCUCUCAUCUCCAUCUUUUCCUCCUAUAUCCGUCGAAUGAGAAAGACAAAAGAGGGAGAGGACCUCUAUAGCUGGUCGGAGUCUCAGGAUCAAGUGUUCCUGCGGUGGACCACAGGAGAAACAGCCACUAUGCACAUCCUAGUGGUCCAUGCUAUGGUCAUACUGCUCACACUGGGACCUCCUAAAGGGGAAAGUGAGUUCUACUCAUUGCUGGAUAUCUGGUUUCCUGAUAAAAAGCCCCUUCCCACUGCAUUCCUGGUUGACACGUCUGAGGAAGCACUUCUGUUGCCAGAUUGGCUGAAGUUAAGAAUGAUCCGAUCUGAAGUCUCCCGACUGGUCGAUGCAGCUUUACAGGACCUGGAGCCCCAACAGCUGCUGUUGUUUGUCCAGUCCUUCGGGAUACCCGUCUCCAGCAUGAGCAAACUGCUGCAAUAUCUAGACCAAGCAGUGUCCCAUGAUCCUCAAACACUGGAGCAGAACAUCAUGGACAAGAACUACAUGGCCCAUCUAGUGGAGGUCCAGCAUGAGAGAGGAGCCACCGGUGGACACACAUUUCACAGUCUACUCAGUGCUUCACUUCCUCCGCGCAGAGACAGCUCAGAGGUGAGCAGGGCCAAGGUUACCGUUGAAAUGCCCCAUGGCUCUGUGAAGAUGAGAGCAGUGAGUCAGGUGCCCGUGAUCGGCCCAGAGGAUGACCUCGCUGGGAUUCUGCUACAGCUCUUCCCUUUGAAAGUGGAUCCUCGUUGGCCUGCGCCUCCGGUCCGGCCGUUGUCAUUAGCUCUGCAGCAGACCCUGGCCCAGGAGGUGCUACGGGCACGACAGGGUCACAUCCAGCAGGCUGGUCCCGCCGGGCGACUCCUUCAAGCCUUAGCAGCCCUUCUAAACUCUGCCCAUGCUGGAGCCCUGGUCAUGGCAAUGCACCACAGCCAUACGAUCUCCUGCCCUCUACUGCGCCAACUCCAUCUUUACCAGCGGUUGGUGUCUCAAGAUGUUGGCUUCUCAUCGCUGUUCUUCAACGCCGUUGUGCAGAUGUUGACGUGGUUGGAAAACUCAGCAGUAGAGACAGGGCCACUCCACAGCCUCCUAAAGUCUCUGGCAGCUCAGUACUCUCACAAACAUCGCAUCACAGAUGUUCGCACUGGAUUUCUGCACUUGGCUGAAGCUCUGGCGUACAGACGGGACUCUGAAGUGGCAGUUAGGGGCAUUAUUGCCUCGCUGAGAGCGGGAGAAAAAUGCAACUCUGAACCUGAACUCAUCCGAAAAGUGUUGCAGGGCCUCAUGGAGGUGAAGUCUCCGUAUCUGGAGGAGCUGUUGUCCCUGCUUAUGACCAUCGGUACAGAGAGCGGAACCACAGGAAACACAGCGGGUCCAGUUGCCAUGGUGAUCUCUCUGCUGCUUCAGGAAACAGAGGAGCGAGGGGUGAAAAUAGAGGUGGAUUCCAAAAUCACUGAGUCAAAGAAGCCUGGCUCGUGUUCAGGGCUGUUGGUCGACUGGCUGGAGUUGCUUGACCCUGAGGUGACCUCUGUUUGCUCAGAACUUCAGCAGAAGCUGCUUUUUGCUCAAAACAAGGCUAAAAGUGGUGUGAGUGUGGCCCCGUCCUACAGGCCGUACCUGUUGGCCCUCCUCACACACCAGUCCAACUGGAGCACCUUACAUCAGUGCAUCAGCUCUCUGCUCAACAAACACCGAGACCAGAGACUGGACCCAACCUCGGCACUAGACUUUCUGUGGGCCUGCAGUCACAUUCCCCGCAUUUGGCAGGGCCGAGAUCAGAAAACCCCUCAGAAGCGCACGGAGCAGUUUGUGUUGAAGCUGUCUUCUGAGGAGCUCAUAAGCCUUGUGGACCUCAUCCUGUCAGAGUCCGAGCUGAGCUGCCGUGACUCGGCCACCUCCAAGAGUGCUUUGGACCAGGUCUCCUGUUCUCUUCUCCAGUCUCGCCUGCCCCUCCUGCACAGCUGUCUCCACUCAGACCCGGACAGCGUCAAGAAAGUCUCAGAGUACCUCAUCAGCUGUGUUAAGAAGUGGGGAGACAGUAUAAUGAGUAAGAGGUGUCAGACGCUGCUGCUGCAGAUCUACCUGCACUUCCCAGAAGUCAUCCAACACAUCCGCCUACCAGAGGCCACCCUGAGCGCCGAGGGAGCAGCAGACGGCAGCACCUGCAAGCUGGAUGUUCUCGUGCAUCGUCUCAUCGCUCUGCUAGCUGACACAGGAGACUCCAAAUCAGCUGAGAGCCGCGCGUCUGAUGCCAGUCUGGCCUGCAGGAAACUAGCCGUAUCUCACCCUGUGCUUCUACUCAGACACCUGCCUAUGAUCGCUGCGCUCUUGCACGGCCGCAUCCAUCUGAACCUGCAGGAGAUCAGGCAGCAGAACCAUCUGACCUUCUUCAGCGAUGUCCUGGUGGUCCUGGAGCUGCUGCAGCCGCUGGUUUUCCACUCUGACCACCAGAGGGCACUGCAGGACUGUCUGCUGUCCUUCAUCAAAGUACUGCAGAACUUCAAGAGAUCAUCCCGUAUGUCCAUCAUAAACAAAUUUGUGCAGUUCAUCCAAAAGUACAUAACCCAUGAUGCGGCAUCUGCUGUGCCUUUCCUUCAGAAACACUCAGACGUGCUACAAGGACUAUCCACGGAGAAUCCGGACCUGGUGCAGCUCAAGUCUUUGCUCGCUGGACUGACUCUGCCGGUAAAAUCCGGUUCCUCCGAGAGUUCCGCUGAGGACAGAGACGCUGAGGAUUCGUCCUCCGGCUCUCUCCCUCUAGUCAACAUCUCCGCUUCCAUGCCGCUCACUGCGGCUGACAUGACUAAAUGCCUGAAGAAGAUCUCCAAAGGAGAAGCACUUGAGGACGUGUUUGAGGGGUUGACUGAAGUGGAUGAGAAAUCCAAAAGAAAUCCAGAAAUUAUUCAGUAUUUUGUUAACGAUCUUCAGAGGUUGAUGAGUUCCCCUGAAGAAGUGUGCCGCAACAUGGCCUUCAGUCUGGCCCUGCGGUGCAUCCAGAACAUCCCCAGUAUGGCUGCUGAAUUCCUGCCAACCUUCAUGUACUGUCUGGGCAGCGGGAACUUUGAUGUAGUGCAGACGGCCUUGAGAAACUUACCUGAAUAUGUGCUGCUCUGUCAAGAACAUGCCGAUAUUCUUCUCCACAAGGCGUUUUUAGUGGGCAUCUACGGUCAGAUCGACACCAGCUCCAUGAUCGCAGAAUCCAUGAAGGUCCUGCGCAUGGAGGCAACGACAUAGACGUCCGUUUCCAACGUGUCGGUACACAGAGGUUCGCUUUGACUCAGAAGUGUCACGCACCGCUGAUCCUCUUCAGAUUUGUAUUCAGAUACAGCAUUUGACGUUUAAAUACUGAAAAGCAUUUUAUGUUUCCAGUGAGUUUUCCAGUUUCUUGUGUCCGCUGGGAGUGAAGCCUGUCAUAAGUGUGUUUGUCUACUGCUUUGAAUAAUAAAACAAUGAGUUGUAGAAAUGCUCCUAA